AUGACGCAUUUUGAGAAAAUUGUUCUUACUUAUUUUUAUAAAUUUGCAAAUGGAACAACUGGAAACACAAUGUAUCUUGGGACACUUAAAAAGGGCGUGUAUGUGAAUGAAUUUGAAGUUCCACUUGGAUACACAAAUUUGACUGUUGAUGUUCAGUUCACCAAUAGUGAUACAUAUAACAAGAAGAUUGAGAAAGGAACAGUUAAUGUUGGAAUGAAGAGCUUGAUUGUCAGCCACAAGCCAACAUAUCCAAACCUUUACGAUACAGUCAAGAUUUUCGUCACCAGUGAUCAACCUUUAAAUGACAUCAUUUACGCAAUUGUAACGAGAUAUGGCAACUCAAAAACAAAACAGAUUAAUUGCAAUGGAAAAGUUCUGUGUGACUUUGAAGUUGAUAUAGAGGAAGAAAUGAUGCCGCAUUCAACAAUCAUGGUCUACGAUGUGAAGAAUCAGCAAACCAUAUUUGAGGGACAGACUGGGAUUGAAACCGAGAACUUGGGACGGAAUCAUCUCACAGUUGAACUUCCAAAGACAAAAGCCAAGACAAAGGAAGAAAUUAAUAUCAAGUUUACAACAAAAGCAAGGUCAAAAGUUUACAUGCUGGCAUUUGACAAGCGUUUGACAUUCCUUCGGGAUGGAAAUGACAUAGUCAAGGAUGAUGUAAUGACAUCUGUAGCUGACUAUGAUGGAGAAAACAAGAUUCUCGUUGAUGACAUGGCCAAGUGGACUGUUUGUACACCCGAGGAAGUUGAACGUGUUGCAAGUGGAAGGACGUAUGUUAUUAAUCAAGGUGGCACAGACACUGUAUAUCCAGAGGAACCAGAUGAUUCAUCAACUCCUAGUGAUAAUUCGGUAAACCCUGAUUUCCCUCCAACCAAAGACGGAUUACUUCGUGAAUACUUUCCAGAAACGUGGAUCUUUGAGACCAUUGAAGUUGGUAAACAGUCGACAUUUGCGAAGUCAUACACAACACCAGACUCGAUGACAACAUGGCUGAUUUCCGCAUUUUCUGUGCACAAUGAUCAUGGAAUCGCAUUAUCACCAAGACAGGACCUGAUUGUGAUGGAGGAAUUCUUCCUUGAGAUGAACUUGCCAUACUCAAUCCGGUACACAGAAGUCCUCAAACUUGAUGUCUUAAUCUUCAACUAUGUCGAUACCAAGGAGACAAUAACAGUUGACUUAAAGCUGAAUAACUUAAAUGACGGCAUGGAGUUCCAGUUUGUGGAUUACUCAUCAGAUUGUACUGCUUCAUACCACGAUGGAACUGAAGCGACUGCUAAAUCUUCAGUCGAAGCUAAUGGAGUAUCCACAGUCCACUUCUAUAUCCGAUCACAUCCUCUAAACAAUGAAUUUGAUGAAAUGAAGCAGAAACUCAUGACAUUGGAUAUUGAAGCUACAGCUAAAAACACAGAUGGACGAACUUAUCGUGAUCAUGUGCAGAAGAAGCUGAUCGUCGAUCCAGUUGGCAUCAAAGUUUACAUGGUCAUGUCAGACUUCUUCAAACUUGAUGGUGAAACUACCAAUCCAAACAUCCAGACAGCCAACUUCUCACAAGAUUUGUCAAACAUUGAUGUAGUUGUGACUGGAGACUUCCUGACUGACACGAUGAAUUUAGAGAAGGAACUAGCGCUUUACGCAAGUGAUUGUCUUGAGCAAGGAACGGUCAAGUUCAAAAGAAAUGUAGACACAUUCCAUUAUCUGGAUGUCAAAGGCAAAAACCCAUCAAAAAAACAUUUUACUGACCAAUAUCAAUCAAUGCUGGCGAAGAUAAAGAAAGGAUAUUCGUAUGGAGACACAGCAUCAUUCAGAGCCAACUUGGGUAAUAUUUUCGCAACAGCUAUGACAGUUGAUGCCGUGCCAGAGGACAAGAAGGUUGUUUUUGAGCAACUCGAUAAGGUUCGGGAUCUUCAAGAGAGCAACGGGACAUUCUCACAUGCGAAUUUCAAAUUUUACUACGGAUUUGCUCUUGACCAAAACAGUGACUUUAUAUAUACAGAACGAUACUUUGCUGCUGCAUAUUGCUUGGUUCCGUUCGUGAGACAUAGAAAGUUUAUGGACGGAAGGUAUGACAACUUCAUACUAAAAGGUUUUAGAUAUUUAGACAAAGAUGAGAAUCGUCUUCAAGUAUUGCGACAUGGACUGUCUGUAGCUUCAUAUGUCUAUGCUUUGGACAAUCAACCAGAAAAGGCUGAAAAACUGCUAAAGGAAAUUGAGAGAGCUUAUAAGCAUCAUGAAGACAAUAAAAGGUGCUAUAAAAUAUUAGAAACUGAUGCUGAUUGUGAUGUCAGGCACACUACAUAUGUAGCACUGACCUACCUCACCCUAAAAGACCUAGUCAAAGCUGAGCCGAUCAUUUACUACCUUUUGAGUAAGAAGCAAGGCUACGAUUACAGUCAAAAUACAAGAUUUCUCUCAGUUGUUACAGAACCAAUCGCUGACAUGGGUGUGCUGAUAAAUGUUGAUGAAACAGACUUAAAAGUCACUGUGAAAAAUCAAGGUGCAUUUCAGCAAGACUUCUUUAUUGACACUAGCAAUUCAAAUGUUCCUCAAACUGUCGAGAUGCCACCAGGUUCUGAAGAGGUUACCUCAGUCAUCUCUGGGAAAGGCUAUUGUACUUUAUCUGUCAUUUUUGAGAGACUCGUUACUGUUCCUCUCGUUGAUCAAUCCUUCAGUCUAAGACUUACAAAACGACAAGAGUCAUCAUCACCUGUCACUAAUGUCAUUAGAGUUUGUGCAACUUACAAUAGGCAGAGUGGAAUGAAGCCAAUCUUAGUCAAUGUAGUUUAUGAAGUGGAGAUGCCGAGUGGAUAUAUAUUCUUGGAAGUUAAGGAUUCGGAUAAGCACACUGAAAUAAAGGAAAUAAUCGCAAGAAGGCAGAACACAGUGGUUAAUCUGUACUAUGAAGACUUUGAAGAUGGUAAAGAAUAUUGUGUUGAAUUGAAAGCUACACAAAAGUAUGCAGUAAAUGAACCUGUUAAUGCUGGAGUUAAAGUUUAUGAUUACAAUGACAAAGAAAAUGUUGCAGUUGACUUUUACAAGUUUAGUUCCACUGGAUGCUAG